AGCUUUCUUGGACAUUGAUGGACUCGCUACCACAACCCUUACUACGUGCUUUGGAUCAUGUCAGAUUUGAGGCCACCAAUGUGCUCUCUAUGUUUACCAGCUGUUGUACUUCUCAGGCGAAACUCAAGAUUAAUGGACGAACGUUCAAGAUUGUCAAAAUACUAGGAGAAGGAGGAUUCUCUUUUGUCUACCUGGCGCAGGAUGAGCAGAGCGAGCGACAAUUUGCUUUGAAGAAGAUUCGCUGUCCUACAGGCUCUGAAGGAGUGAAAGAAGCUAUGCGUGAAGUGGAGGCAUACCGACGGUUCAAGCACCCAAAUAUCAUCCGUAUUUUGGAUUCCGCAGUACUGCAAGACCCGGAGGGCGAUGGACAAAUCGUAUACCUAUUCUUACCCCUGUACAAGCGUGGUAAUCUUCAAGACGCCAUUAACAACAACCUUCAAACAUCCUCCCACUUCCCAGAACGUCAAAUGCUCCGCCUCUUCAAAGGCACAUGUGAAGCCGUCCGUGCAAUGCACACCUACUGCGUCUCCUCUUCUUCCUCAAACUCCUCAGCACACCCACGCCCACCAUCAAGGGGCAAAUCACACUCACCAGGCCAUGAUGACGAUGACGAUGACCACGACGGAAUGCUGCCACAUCCAGAGGGAGAUGCAGAGGGCGGGUAUUCUUAUGGUGGUCCUAGUGCUCCUAGCUCUACGAGAGGAGCCAGAGGGGAACCCCGAGCUAGAGGCGAGGAUAGGGAUGGAGCAAAUGUCCCGUUAGUGUCGCGGGAGAGGCAAGAGGACGGUGAUGUUGUGUUCGAUGGAGAUGAGGAGAUUCAACAUGGAGAGGUCGGCACAGGAGAGCUUGUGCCAUACGCACAUCGAGAUUUGAAGCCUGGGAACGUGAUGCUCGCCGAUGACGGAGUGACACCAAUCCUUAUGGACUUCGGUAGCUGCAUGAAGGCCAGAAUACCCAUCGAGAAUAGGUCACAAGCUCUUCUACAACAAGACAUUGCAGCAGAGCACAGCACAAUGGCAUAUCGUGCUCCCGAACUCUUCGACGUUAAAACCGGCCUCACUCUCGACGAGAAAGUCGACAUCUGGUCGUUGGGUUGUGUCCUUUUUGCACUGGCCUAUUCUCACUCCCCUUUCGAAAACAUGCAAACUACUGAACAGGGCGGCUCAAUUGCCAUGGCCGUCUUGAAUGCGCAGUACAAACAUCCGUCGUCUGGUUACUCAGCUGGGUUCAAGGCGUUAGUCGACAGUAUGUUGAAGGUCAACCCUACGGAGAGACCUGACAUCAAUCAGGUGUUAGAUGCAACAAACCGUUUAUUGUAAAGCUGACCGUUUUGUCUUCCGCCGUCUGCAGUCGAUAUUCCGGUGAUAUGGUACCAUUUGAUUCGAGGCCAUGGACUUCUGCUUAGACUCGUUAGCUGACUCUGUGUGCUAUCUUCAAAGUUGGCUCAAUGUUAUCUUUAUUUGCUUUUGG